CAAACAUCUCCAAAGAAUAUCCUUUAUUCUGGAAGUUUGCUCAAAUCGAUCCUGGAGGUGGAGGCCAUGUUUCGUUUUGGCAUGAUAAAUGGAUCUCGUGCUCUAUUCUUGUUGUUGGCUACCCGAGGGUUGCUGUUGCUGCCUCUAAUCCGGCUGCUCGGAUCGUUGAUAUCGCCUCCUUCACCGAUAAUGAGUCCUUGCAGGAUUACAUGGUUACCGAAACCAUAUGGCUGCUUCUCUGUUAGUUCGACAUACAAACAAAUGAUGUUAGAGAAAUUCCCUGAUAUUCAGAACUUUGAGGCU